GACGCAACGCUCGUAAUGUCAACAAAGUGAGAGCGAAGUGGAUGGAGCACCCGUGCGGAACAAGAUGGAAAAAACGUUUGAAUUAAAUGUUUCAGUGCGGAAUACUCUCUGUUCUAUACAAGUUGUUCCAUAAGAUAGUGAACAAAACUAGAUAUGAAACAAAAAGAUAAGAAUUUCCUAUUCAGGAGGAUGGUUACGUCAAACGACAAGACAAGUCGAGUCAAACUUGAACAGCCUCAGCCUGCUCAGGUAAAUACAGUUUGAAUUCCGCUGGGAGCUCAUCCUCUGAGUACAGUCUGUCAGAGAAGUAAACUCUCCUAAUGCGGCAAUUUGCAUGGAUCUGGGGGGGGAUCACACUGGCCCGACGCAUGAAAUCAGACAGAUUGAACUGAAUCUGGUUCCAGCCUUUGUCCAGGCGCAUCGGCAUGGUGCAGAUGAAGGGAUUCACGCGAGUUGUGCUCUGUAUUUACAGCUUGUGUCGAGUGUUCCAGAGCACUGGUGAUUUUAACAGCACCAGUAAGAAGAGCUGUCCUGUUACCAUGGAGACCAAAGUGGAGGAAAGUGACCCAGUUCCACUUGCUUACCAAUCCAAAACAAAGCAGAGCACCAGGCGGUGUGUCAAGGCUCCAGGUCAGUCCAAGAUGCAGAAACUUUAUGGAGCUCCAUGCUGGAAACUGGAGGUAGCAGAACAGCACAAAGUUUGUUAUCCGCUUUCCACAUCAGCCUCCUGAGUGGACCGGUAAACAGACUGGCAUCAGGAUCUUUUACAUCAGGUGAUUGCUUCCAGAAUAUGGCCUCUGGAGCUGAAUCAGGUCUAAAAUUCCCAGAACACCAAGAGAUCACCUUCUACGAGGAGAGGAACUUCGGCGGUCGCUCCUACGACUGUAGCAGCGACUGCGCUGACCUCACAUCUUACAUGAGCCACUGCUACUCCUGCAGGGUGCACAGCGGCUGUUUCAUGGUCUACGACCGUGCCAACUACAUGGGAAACCAGUACUUUCUGAGAAGGGGCGAAUACCCUGACUGUAUGAGCAUGGGCAUGAGUGACUUCUUCAGAUCCUGCCGAAUGAUCCCCAUGUACCGAGGAUCCUACCGAAUGAGGAUCUACGAGAGGGAGAACUUUGGAGGUCAGAUGUACGAGCUGAUGGACGACUGUGACAAUAUCAUGGAUCGCUACCGCAUGUCCAACUGCAUGUCCUGCCACGUGAUGGAUGGCCACUGGCUCAUGUAUGAGCAGCCCCACUAUAGAGGAAGGAUGAUGUACUUCUGGCCUGGAGAGUACAGAAACUUCAGCAGCAUGGGAUGGGGAAGUGGCAUGAGGUUCAUGUCCAUGAGACGCAUCAUGGAUUCUUGGUAUUAAAAUAAAACAACUAACUAAGAAAAUUUUAAAAAGACUAAAAUUUUAUUGAUUAAAUGUACAGGGCUGGUCAAAAUCCUAGAAACACCAGACAAGGUAUAAUAUAUAUAUUUUUUUAUAACACCAAUGAUGACUAUGGGCAGAUAGUCAGCAGCUGCAAAUUUAAUGCAACUCCUUCGUCUCAAAAACAAAUGGACCUGCUCUUUACUCCAUACGUCUAGUAGAAUACCUGCAAACUCCCACCUAACUGGUUAAAUUAAAAGGAUAGUAAAACAACAAUUACUAUUGUAGUAAUUUUCUUCUGUUGAAAAUAGAAAAAAUCUCAACAUAAAACAGUUCUGAAAUGUAUAGUUUUACAAGAUGAGAAAAAAAUGAAGGUUGCCGUCAGUUGUUCUACAGUUGUAAGGAGAAGCACUGUAGGAGGUGUGUGACCCCCUCGCUUACAUCUCCUGGGUCUCCCCGUCCAGAGC